AUGGCUGCUCCUCCACAGCUGAAAAGCCACUCAGUGUCCGGUGAAACCGACUUUAAAUCGCCAUCCACUCAUUCUAAACGCUCUCUCUUGCGGGCAGAGGUAACUUAUCGUCCUUCACCUGUGAAGAAUGCACGGAACCUCUAUUACACCUACUUUCUUUCUCCUGGUGAUGAAAUCUUAUCCUGGAAAUGUAUAAGCGAAAAGGAACAUCAUAAGACUGUGGCUGAAGUUACGAUCCGCCUUGGCUCCCAUAGGACUCCUCCUAACAAGGAGAUCUUGGAUAGAGCACACCGGAACGCUAUGAAAGUCUGGGAGAACUUGCCAUUAGAAAUACUUCAAAAGCAGUUUGAAAAACUUGAGUUUCGCCACGUUCAUGCAGAGGCCGAAGAGCUUAAUGCAAAAUGGAAGGCUCGUAAUGCUGCUAUUAGAGAGAAGUAUGCUCCUACGCCUGAAAAUGGUCCCAAGAAUCCUUAG